AUGGUGCGAAACAACUUUCAUGAUUCUACGAACAGCAAUGAAACACUUGACAUCACAAACAAAAGAUGCACCCCAAUUGUUAUCCUUCCCAAUGACAGAUGGUAUGGUUUGUGGAUGAACUUUGUGCUGGUGUGGCGCGUAUAUUCGACCUUCAUUACGCCAUUAGAGUUCGGAUUCUUCAGAGGGCUGCCGGAUGAAUUGACAUUGAUUGAUUACGUCAGCGUACUGAUCUUUCUCAUGGACUUGCUGCUUAACUUCUUCGUCGCUUACAAAGCUCCUCAUGGCAAUAAGAUGGUUUACGAUCGAGGCAGCAUUGCCUUUCACUAUGCAUCAAGAGAUUUCAUUAUAGACCUCCUUGGAUGCAUACCAUGGGAUACCAUAUACAAGAGCACAGGAAGAAGAGAACUAGUGAGGUAUUUUUUGUGGACAAGACUGUACCGUGUGAGAAAAAUUAACCAUUUCUUCAAAAAAAUAGAGAAGGACAUCCGCAUCAACUACUUGUAUGUUAGAAUUGUGAAGCUUGUUAUUGUACAGUUAUAUAGUGUACAUACAGCUGCAUGCAUCUUCUUCUACCUUGCAACAACUAUGCCACCAGAGCUUGAAGGAUACACAUGGAUUGGAGCUCUGAAGUUGGGUGAUUACAGCUAUAUGAACUUCAGAGAGAUGGAUUUCUCAAAGCUUUAUAUUACCUCUCUAUACUUCAUGUCCAUUACCAUGGCUACCAUAGGAUAUGGAGACAUACAUGCUGUUAGCACCAGAGAGAUGGUUUUUCUCAUCAUAUAUGUAUCAUUUAAUAUGAUUCUCGGAGCUUAUUUGAUUGGUAAUAUGACAGCUUUGAUAGUUAAGGGUUCAAAGACAGAAAGAUUCAGGGAUGAGAUGAAUAGUAUAACACAGUAUAUGGAUAGGACUAAUCUUAGUAAUGAGAUCAGAAACCGUAUUAAAAGCCACCUUAGAUUGCAGUAUGAAUGCAGUAGAACAAGAAGUGGAUUUAUUGAUGGCAUUCCAGAGGCUGUGAAAGCCAAGCUAUCGCACUCAUUGUAUUUUGAGAUAGUUCAGAAUGUUCCACUCUUUAGAGGAUGUUCAGAUAAUUUCUUAAAUCAGAUUGUAAUGAAACUAACGGAAGAGUUCUUUCUUCCAGGAGAAGUGAUCAUUGAACAAGGAACAACCGUGGAUCACAUAUACAUAUUGUCCCAUGGCUCUUUGGAAGAGUUGCUAAUUGGAGAAAAUAGAUCAACGGAAUUUAUAUCAGAACUUACGCCUUCUGAUUUAUUUGGUGAAGUUGCAGCGCUGUGCAAUAUUCCACAACCAUAUACUGUUCGUGUUACUAAACUCUGCAGAAUACUACAAAUCGAAAAAGAAAAUCUGAGCAACAUUUUACAGCUAUAUGUCAAAGAUAGCUAUCAAAUACUCAGAAAUGUGCUUGAGGGAAAUGAGAAUGAUCUAGAGAAGAAGCAAUUGGUAUCAGAGAUAUCCUUUCUAAUCACAAAGAGAGAAGCAGAACUUUCAAUGGGAGUAAGAAGUGCAGCUUAUAAUGGAGAUUUUUAUCAUCUUAAGGGUUUCAUUGAUGCCGGAGCAGAUCCUAACAUCAAGGAUUAUGAUGGAAGGAGCACACUACACAUUGCUGCAUCAAGAGGACAUGAAGAUAUUGUAAAGUUUCUUCUUCAAAAAAAUGUAGAAGUCAAUUGCCUUGAUAAGGUUGGGAAUUCACCAUUAUUAGAGGCUGUGAGGGCAGGUCAUGAAGAAGUUGCUAACCUGCUCUUGGAGAGUGGAGCAGUUAUGAAUCUGGAAGAUGCUGGGACAUAUCUUUGCAAAGUAGCUGCAGAUAACAAAGUCGAUGUACUGCAACGGCUACUGAAGUAUGGAGUUGAUCCAAAUUGUCAAAAUUAUGAUCUGAGAACUCCGCUUCAUGUUGCAUCAGCCUCGGGCUUGCAUUUAAUUGCUGGAGUUUUGAUAGAAUUAGGAGCUGAUGUGCUCAUCAAAGAUAGGUGGGGAAAUACUGCUCUUGAUGAAGGCCGAAGAAGUGGAAACAAACAGUUGAUUGAGAUUCUGGAGUAUGCUAGAGAAAAAGCACAAUUGGAUUUUUAGUUGUAAAACAGAAAUCAAAGCAAUCUUCGGUCGAUUCUUAAAGUUUGUGUGAAAUUGUUUGGUUUUCAGUCGGAAGUUGCAACAAACUUGUCUCCAAAAUGGAAGUUUUUUUCUGGUGAUUUAAGCUCAGCUUCAGCUGAAACAGCGGUAGAUGGCAGAGAUGGCAUUUUAUUGCUGCUGCGGCAGACUACAAAAGGAGGGCUCAGCAGUUAAAAAUAACUUCCCGUACAUUCAUCGAAGUAUAUCAAAGAAAACAAUCAAUUUGAGCUUUGACUUUAUGUUUUUAAUCUAGCAGUUAUAUUAAGAAGCGUUCUAUGUAAAUUUGAUUAUUCUAAAUAUGGCGAAUUCAAGGAGAGGGAAGGGAGUGGGGGUGUUGGGAU